AAAAGCAAGCAAAGCAUCCGCCGUUUGAGCAGGGAGUUGAGCCACCACUCCAAAUUUCAAAAUCAAAAACACCCAAACUUUUAAAACAAGCAGCUCCAUUUGGCAAGAAAGUUCUUUUUUUUUUUGUUGCAUUAACUUAUUGAUUUUACUUAGAGGUAUGCCGAGAAAUUUUUUUCUCUUCGGUUUUCUUAUAAUUGGAUUACUCAUUUUUGUUAAUUUUCGUCAUGUUUAUUUUUUUUUUUUAAACUGAGAUAGUGAUAUGAGUGAAGUGAUGCUAGGCUUGCCAGGGCCGUGGGCUGAGGAUAACCGUGAGCCCUCUGAUCAUCAUACUACAAAAAUUGGUGGACUUCCCGAUUGGCCUCUUCCUAUAGAGGCUUUAAAGUUAAACCCCACCCUCAUUCACUGCACUCAAUGUGGAAGUAAACUCUGUCUUGUUGCUCAGGUUUAUGCUCCUGUUUCAAGUGAAACUUUAAAGAUAGAAGAGCGUCUUCUUCUUGUUUUUGGUUGUGUGACACCAAAUUGUGGUAGCUCUCCUCUCAGUUGGCGAGCUCUUCGAAUUCAGAAAGUGGAAAAUGAUGCACAGGAAUCAUCCUCCACUGCUACUGAGGAUAAAACUCCUGCGGCUGCAUCUCCUAUUUCUGUUUCAAAAAUGAACUGGUGGGAGAAUUUGAGUGAUAAGGAUGAUGAAGAUGUGGAUCUGGAGGACUUAAGUAGAGCAUUUUCUAAAGUAGCAAGCUUGAGUUCUCAGCCCAAGAAGACAAAUACCAACCGGAAUUCUGAAAGAGCUGUGAAGCAUUCUUCUCCUUUAACAGCACAAACAAGAGGUGUGGAUACUGAGACGCCAGUGAUGCCGUGCUUCUACAUUUAUAGUCAGGUGGAGCCAUCAUCAAAGAAUUUUGCUUCUAUGUGUUCAAAUUACUCGUCACUUUCUGUCAAGGAGAAAGAAGGUGAUGUUGAUGAUCAUGGACAAGAAGAAACAUGGGAAGCUGAAAAUUAUGAAUAUGAUAAGGCUUUGAAUGCUGACAGGACUUACCUCAAGUUCAAGAAACAAUUGGAUGCAUCUCCAGAGCAAUGUUUCAGAUAUGCAUUUGGUGGGAAACCUCUUCUGGCUACAGCAGAGGUGGGAAAUGCUGGGAAGUGCAGGCUUUGUGGUGCUUCAAGGCACUUUGAAAUGCAGCUUAUGCCUCCAUUAAUAUAUUUUCUGCAAGAAGAAGCUGAUGCUUGUCAUAAAGGUUCACUAGAGAAUUGGAACUGGCUGAUGCUUGCUGUCUAUACAUGUUCCAAGAGCUGUUCUAAGUCAUUUGAUAAAGAGAAGUCCACCCAUGGUGUUUGGUUUGCAGUAGAGGAGACUGUUAUCAUGCAAUUUGAGAAACCCUUAAAUGAGUGUGCUCAACACUACUUCUCAUGAUUUAUGAUGUUUGGCAAAUAUUUAAGUGUGAAUUGUAAAUUAGAAUUUUUUUUUUUUUUAAUCUGUGUUGUGCGGCUUCUAUGUAUAAAGAGAUGAGCCAACAUUAUACGUUGUCCACAAGGAUCCUGAGAGUUUACUGAUACAGAGGAUAGUUUGCCAGAUUUUUGUGUCCUUGACAACUCAAUAGUGCGCAUUUGCGUGUUUUUCCUUUCUGGGAGAAAGAAAAAUAAAUCCAGAAUGGUCUGAACGUCAUAUUGUCUCCAAGAAAGUAUUCUGCAGUGGUAGAAGAUUGAUAAGGGAUGUUAAAGUUUUUAGAACUCCAUUUGCUUUGGUGGUGGAUUUUUUAACUGAUCUUUCUGCUAUUGCUAACAUUAUGAUCCUUGGUUUGCUUCACUUUAAAUUCUUCUGUUUUUCUGAGAUGGUUUUCAACUAGAUAGCUCAAACACUUGAGCUUAUCAUAUGUACAAGGUUUGCAGAAGGAUAAUAUUUCAUUUUGAUUCAAAAUUUCCAAUUGCUAGUUUGUUCGAGAGGUAUCCAGCUUAUAGAAAAUAGAGAAAAAGAACUGCCUUUAUCUUUCUUUUUUGAUGUGUUCACAGGGCUAAGUCCUCCUUAGAGCCCACUUUAGAGGGAUUUAACUCCAUUUGGAAAUUUCCUUGCUUGGGCAUUGGAUUAAGACGCUUCUCACAAUGAGAAAGAGGAAAUUAUUUCAACUUCAUAGAUAGCUAGGCUUGAAAUCUAUGAAAUGCAAUUGAUUAUGUUAAAAAUGUGUGAUUUUUUUUUAUUAAUACUACAGACUCUUAGGUAUUGAACAUUGAUUAUUGUCGUUAAGAAUUCAACAUUGUACUAAGAGACCU